AUGGCAGAAGCUCACCAGGCCGUGGCCUUCCAAUUCACCGUUGGGCCCGAUGGCAUUGACAUGCAGCUGUGCCACGAGGCCCUGCGCCAGAUCUACCUCUCAGGCAAGCACUCCUGGAAGAAGAGGUUCAUACGCUUCAAGGUGAGGGGAUGCAAUUAACUAAUUAGUCAAUUAAGGCUAAUCAGGGCUCAAGACUAACUUUUUCCCCAGUUGGCACUGAUGCCACUAACAUUUUUACAAAAAUGUUGUCACGGCGUCACGCAAUAGAAAACAUUUGUAAUAAUCUUAUGAAGUAAUCACAGUGCUAGUAUGAUUCAAAAAUAUAUAUAUAUAUAUAUAUAUAUAUAUAAUCAUCAAACAUGUCCAAGCAGCAAUGCAUGACACAAUAUAUUUUGAUGUGCAACCUAAACUAGUGAUUGUCAUGAAUAUUGGGUUGACAAUUAGUAUUUUGUUGCUAUAUUUUACUCUCAAAAUAUGACCCAUGAAUUUCUGAGAUAUUUUGUUCAGUAGAGAUAUAUAUAUUUUUUGUGUAUUGAUAUCACAUAGGCUAAUUUGGGGCUAAUUCACCAUCUGAGGAAGUGGAAACUUAAAACGCAUUAGCUAGAUUGCUAAAUAUAAUAUGCUACUAGCUAGCAAUGUAAUUGAUUCAUUUAACAGUAAAUGUAAUGUCCUAAAAAACUUGGCAGAACACCACCCAAUGAUGUCUAUAUAGGCCUAUGCAAUCACCGCGAAUUGCAGAUGCGCGCUUCCCGCGCUCCGUAUAUCUCAAAGCCAUAAGCUACCACUUCGGUUUAAAAUGGUGCUAAAACACUCAAUAUUGAGUGUUGAGAAGAAAAUGUAAUCUAUGGUAACUUUGAUAAUUGAUACUUGAAUAACACAAAAUAAAUUGACCAUGAGUUUCCAGUGAAUAGACCAUAUCGUUUAAGAGAAAAUAGACUCAUUCAUGAAAAAAGCAUCUAAUCAACAAUGGCAUUAUUUUAAAUUAACUCUGCAACUCUUCCAACUAUUGACAUUUUUCACAACUGCCACUAGUUUGGCGCUAAAACAUUUACAACAAAGAAACAGUAAAAAAAAUAUAUAAAGGAUAUUUCAUGAUGAAAUCCUCAUACUGUAUUAAACGCCAAUGGUAUUCACUAAGUUGAUGGUUUAUAAUUAUUUGAUCAUUUUAUAUAUUUUACAUGUGAUAAGGCCACACAGAGGGCAAGAGAUAAUUACAGACACCUGUGAUAAUCUGAAGUACCCAAAAGGGCCACUAGAUGUCUUCUGAUAAAUUACAUAAAAUACUUGAAAGUUACCAAAAUUCUGGUAGUUUACUGGUAAAAUUCAAAAGUUUCCAGUAAUAUACCCUCCCUUUGCAACCCUAGGCUUACCUGUUCCUGAAAAAACUCAUUUCUGGGGGGAAACAGAUAAACCUAAGGACUUUUUGCCGAAUAAGUCCGCAUUCUAGGAGGCCAUUGCAUUCAAUAUUGGGGAAAGGGGAUACCUAGUCAGUUGCACAAAUGAAUGCAUUCAACCAAAAUGUGUCUUCCACAUUUAACCCAACCCCUCUGAAUCUGAGAGGUGCGGGAGGGCUGCCUUAAUCAACGUCCACGUCAUCAGUGCCAAGGGAGACGUUUUUGGGGGUUAACUGCCUUGCUCAAGGGCAGAACAGCAGAUCUUUCCACCUUGCUGGCUCGGGAAUUCGAACCAGCGUCCUUUCGGUUGCUGGCCCAACGCUCCUAAUCACUUGGCUACCUGCGAGAGGAAGUGAGAGUGGCUCGCUUGCCAGUGAAACAGGCAAAGAGACAGGGCAGACACUUUCAUUGCAAGAAUCUGGAUAUUGCACUUAAUAGUUUGCUCAAAUCACGGUUUUACCCGCUCAAAAAAUAGAACGUUUUGAGUGAAGUGAUUAGCUAAAAUGUGUGGAUGUAAAUUCACUGUUUGCUGCCCCUUAGUUUGAUCUUUAUUAGUUUGAGAUACAACAAUAGUUAUCUUUGUCAAGUUACUACUGAACCCAUAUGACCCACACAUAAGCACAUGUCAGUGUUAGUGACUGUUCCCAUUCUAUACAGUAUGCGUGCGUUUCACCUUAUCUGUUUGCAAAGCACACUCUUGUAUCAGAACUCAGGAUAAGACCCAGAUGCAGACAGCUAGAAUCACAGAUGUUUAUUGACCAAACAGGGGGCAGGCAAAAGACAGGUCAGGGGCAGGCAGAGGUCCGUAAUCCAGGGCAGAGUCAGUAAGGUACAGAACGGCAGGCAGGCUCGGGGUCAGGGCAGGCAGAAUGGUCAGAACCGGGGAAGCUAGGAAACAGAACUUGAGAAAACAGGAAGACGGGAAAGCACGCUGGUAAGACCUGAAAAGACAAGACGAACUGGCAACAGACAAACAGAGAACACAGGUAUAAAUGCACAGGGGAUAAUGGGGAAGAUGGGCGACACCUGGAGGGGGGUGGAGACAAGCACAAAGACAGGUGAAACCGAUAAGGGUGUGACACUCUUGAGUCAUUAAAAACCCACUCUCUACAUAGCAGCCUACAACGUUUGCUGUGUAAUGUUGAAUGUGAAAGUGCUGAAUUGUAUUUAUGUGGCCCAUUUUUACCUAGCCUGGUCCCAGAUCUGUUUGCCAAACCUCAUGCCAACAACAACCAUAGUAGUUGACUACAUACAGCACAAACAUAUCUGGGACAAGGCUUCUUUUCACCAGGAUAUGCUUAUACAGUAGUUCCCUCGGACCCCAAUGUAAAUGUGAUCUUAUUGCCAAUUAAAUGGGUUGUUGUAAUGCUCAUUGUUCUCCCCAACCGUAAUGCCCUUUUAAUCCUGCAUAUAUUCCUUCCCUCCAUAGAACGGGGUCAUGACUGGCGUGUACCCAGGCAGCCCAUCUGGGUUUUUGGUGGUGGUGGUGAGUUACAUGUCGGGCACUAAAUAUGCCCAGCUAGACCCCUCCCUGGGACUCAUCACCAAACUGGGCACCCACAUACCCAUCAGGUAAUUAUAAUAUAAUAUAAUAUUCCAUUUAGCAGACACUUUUAUCCAAAGCGACUUACAGUCAAUGGUAGUAGUAGGGCACUGCCAUCUAAUAAUAACCCUGUCCACCAGGUCUGUUUACAAGGACAGAUGUCUUUGGGUAACACUUUCUAAACCACCCCAGCGGUCAAAACUGGGUGAAAUUAUGUUGUUACAACCAGAAACUAGUUCAAAUGACGUUAUUAUGAUGUAAUUUCAACAAUUUUUGCCCGCUGGGACUAUGAACUCUAUGAACCACCUAUGUGUUAUUAUGCAUUAAGUAUGCAUUAAUAAAUGUGUUUAUUCAUUUCUAUGCACUGUUCAAGAAACACUAGUAUAAAUGCAUUAUACACAGGUUGUUGAAGGAAGUGGAACCCCUUGGUUUAUAAGGUGUCUACAGGGCUUAAACCAUAUUUUCAAUGGAUCCAUGUACAGCAGGGUUGUCAAACUCAUUCCAUGGAGGGCCUAGUGUCUGCUGGUUUUUGGUUUUUCCUUUCAAUUAAGACCUAGACAACCGGUUGAGGGGAGUUCCUUAUUAAUUAGUGACCUUAAUUAAUCAAUCAAGUACAAGGGAGGAGUGAAAAUACCCGCAGACACUCGGCCCUCCAUGGAAUGAGUUGGACACGUGAUAUACAGUAACUGUGUUGCAAGCAGUAGAUUUAAAUCAGAGAGGGAGGUCACUCAGGGCUCCCUCCACCUGCUCUUCAUGCCAUUACCUAAACUGACAUGGAUUAACAGGCACAUUCAUUCUGGAAUGGUUCUCUGGAAAGCUUUGGAAUGGGUUGGAAGUCUUUUCCGAACAACCCUGGUAUUUAGAGUGCAGGUUUUUACAUUUUAAUCCAGCAUUAUGGCUCUGAUGGCUCAGUUGGUUGAAACAUGGUGCUUAGAACACUACAUUUGUGUGUUUGAUUCCCACAUGGGCCACAUACUGAAUAUACAGUGGGGAAAAAAAGUAUUUAGUCAGCCACCAAUUGUGCAAGUUCUCCCACUUAAAAAGAUGAGAGAGGCCUGUAAUUUUCAUCAUAGGUACACGUCAACUAUGACAGACAAAAUGAGAAAAGAAAAUCCAGAAAAUCACAUUGUAGGAUUUUUAAUGAAUUUAUUUGCAAAUUAUGGUGGAAAAUAAGUAUUUGGUCAAUAACAAAAGUUUCUCAAUACUUUGUUAUAUACCCUUUGUUGGCAAUGACACAGGUCAAACGUUUUCUGUAAGUCUUCACAAGGUUCACACACACUGUUGCUGGUAUUUUGGCCCAUUCCUCCAUGCAGAUCUCCUCUAGAGCAGUGAUGUUUUGGGGCUGUCGCUGGGCAACACGGACUUUCAAUUCCCUCCAAAGAUUUUCUAUGGGGUUGAGAUGUGGAGACUGGCUAGGCCACUCCAGGACCUUGAAAUGCUUCUUACGAAGCCACUCCUUCGUUGCCCGGGCGGUGUGUUUGGGCUCAUUGUCAUGCUGAAAGACCCAGCCACGUUUCAUCUUCAAUGCCCUUGCUGAUGGAAGGAGGUUUUCACUCAAAAUCUCACGAUACAUGGCCCCAUUCAUUCUUUCCUUUACACGGAUCAGUCGUCCUGGUCCCUUUGCAGAAAAACAGCCCCAAAGCAUGAUGUUUCCACCCCCAUGCUUCACAGUAGGUAUGGUGUUCUUUGGAUGCAACUCAGCAUUCUUUGUCCUCCAAACACGACGAGUUGAGUUUUUACCAAAAAGUUCUAUUUUGGUUUCAUCUGACCAUAUGACAUUCUCCCAAUCCUCUUCUGGAUCAUCCAAAUGCACUCUAGAAAACUUCAGACGGGCCUGGACAUGUACUGUCCAGGCCCGUCUGUACUGCUUAAGCAGGGGGACACGUCUGGCACUACAGGAUUUGAGUCCCUGGCGGCGUAGUGUGGUACUGAUGGUAGGCUUUGUUACUUUGGUCCCAGCUCUCUGCAGGUCAUUCACUAGGUCCCCCUGUGUGGUGCUGGGAUUUUUGCUCACCGUUCUUGUGAUCAUUUUGACCCCACGGGGUGAGAUCUUGCAUGGAGCCCCAGAUCGAGGGAGAUUAUCAGUGGUCUUAUAUGUCUUCCAUUUCCUAAUAAUUGCUCCCACUGAUGAUUUCUUCAAACCAAGCUGCUUACCUAUUGCAGAUUCAGUCUUCCCAGCCUGGUGCAGGUCUACAAUUUUGUUUCUGGUGUCCUUUGACAGCUCUUUGGUCUUGGCCAUAGUGGAGUUUGGAGUGUGACUGUUUGAGGUUGUGGACAGGUGUCUUUUAUACUGAUAACAAGUUCAAACAGGUACCAUUAAUACAGGUAACGAGUGGAGGACAGAGGAGCCUCUUAAAGAAGAAGUUACAGGUCUGUGAGAGCCAGAAAUCUUGCUUGUUUGUAGGUGACCAAAUACUUAUUUUCCACCAUAAUUUGCAAAUAAAUUCAUUAAAAAUCCUACAAUGUGAUUUUCUGGAUUUUGUUUUCUCAAUUUGUCUGUCAUAGUUGACGUGUACCUAUGAUGAAAAUUACAGCCCUCUCUCAUCUUUUUAAGUGGGAGAACUUGCACAAUUGGUGGCUGACUAAAUACUUUUUUCCCCCACUGUAUACUAACACACACACACACACACACACACACACACAAUUUAACAAAUAAACUAAUCAUCAAGAAACAGGUGUGUUAGUUAGUGCUGAACUAGCCCAAAAUCUAUCCAGGAGUAUGGUUGGGGACCAUUGUGUCAGAGAGAUAUUCACCUGUCUCACCAUUUUCACAACCAAGAGGGCAUGUACUCACCCAGUUCCCCUCUUUGUGACAUCACCCUAGUGUCAGAGUUGAGUCCAGUGGUCCAGAAAUAUUGUAAAACCACCGAUAUGGUUCACCCAUAGAUUUGACAUACAUAGUCACACACUGAACAUGUAUUCCUUCAGGCCCUAAUAUUUGUGUUUGCAUAACAUUGUGCUAGUGUUGUCACAGUACAGUAUCACAAUACUCGAUUUUCCAUGACAAAAAAAGAAAACAAGAAGCAGAUUGAACUCUAUGGUCCUUUGAGAACCUGUUUUAUACCAAAUAUUUUGUGCUAUAGCUUAGAAAGUAAACAAAUCAAUUUGGGUGACAGCAUAAGGCUGUUAGUUUUCAACAUUAGGACUGUUUUGCUUCAAUCUGCUUCAUUUUUUGUUUCCUUGCCGUGAUAUAAAUACCGUGAUACUCAGUGUCAUCUAUUUUGACAACAUUACAUUGUGCUUUUUUUUUUUCAACGCUUGCAUGUAUGUGGCUUGCUGCUCUUGUUCUGAUCAAUAUUAUCAUACAUUAUCUAUAAGAUGGUUAGCCUCCUUAAAGAUAGGUCUAUAGGGCAGCAUUGAGAUAAGGUGUGCAUAGCGCAAGCUUUUGUUGAGACAAAAUUCCAUGUAGACAUUGUCUUGUUAUAUUGCAUAUAAUAACAAUUCACACUGUACAUGGGCCCAUGGUGCGCCCAUUGUCAUAGAUUCCGUGGAAAUGUUUUCUGGUUUAGCACUGGUUGGUAUUUUGAUUGAUUGCAGUGAAUUUCAUUUUAUUGUGUAUAACCAACCGCCUAUUGUAAAACUUCAAAGGAUUUAGCAGGUCAUCUAGAUAUUCUGUGUACCAAAAUCUCCCUCCAACUCCUUAUCAACAACAGUUACCCCAUAAAACUCCUAGCUGUUAUAGGGAAGCAAAAACUCAAGCAUAAUUUAUUCCACUACAGAUAAAAUGUAUCAUCUUCAUCAAUCAUAUUUUUAAAAUGAGGUUUUGAGUCUGGCCAGGUUUUUAACAUUAUCAUUUUUAGGUUGUUUCAUAGCCUACAUAUUGCCUGAUGUUGUCAUGUCUGCAGGUACAUGUUUAUUUUGACCAUCAAUUCAAAUACACACUUAGCAAUGCCCUCCAACCAAUGGAUGUUAAGGGUUCCACGUCCAGGUUCCAUUACCCCUCUUCCUGAAUCCCUGUGUCCUUGUCACGUGCAGAGGACAACUUAUCACAUGCAUUAGUGCUCUCUCUCUCUCUCUCUCUCUCUCUCUCUCUCUCUCUCUCUCUCUCUCUCUCUCUCUCUCUCUCUCUCUCUCUCUCUCUCUCUCUCUCUCUCUCUCUCUCGAGUUCGCUCGCUCGCUCUCUUUCUCCUUCUCUUUUACUCACUUUCUCUCUCUCUUUCUCUCUCUCUUUAGUGGGUAUACAGGGUCGUAUUCAUUAGAAUUCACGUAGCAAAACAUUUUGCAGCGGAAAACAAAAAUGAGUGUUUCUUAUUGGACAACUCUUAUUGGAGUGCCUCCCUGUUUCACUAUGUUUCUGACCAUUUUCUUCCGUUUCAUGCCUACUGAACACGGCCCUGGUUGUACAAAACCAGCAGUAUUCCUGUCAGGCAGUUUCUGACCCUGUCUCAAUUCAAUAUAAUUCAAUUCAAAGGGCUUUAUUGGUAUGGAAAAUGUUACCACAUACAUUGCAAAAGCAAGCAUAUAGAAACAUUAAGUCAGUGGUGACGGAAAUACAUAAUAAGAAAAAUAAUACUCAAUGAACAAUAGUGAUUAACAGGACAACACAGUAAUGAUGUCUCUUUCUCUCUCUCUCUCUCCCUGUGCAGUCCGUACAUGUUGGAAGACAGCCAGCGGGUGGUGGGUGGGGUGCUGGUGGGCACGGGCCUGUGGGUCACCAUCAUCUUCAUCAUGAGGAACGCCCUCAAGUGCCUGCUGUCGUGGCACGGCUGGAUGUACAACCGCCACGGAUCUGUCUCCUGGGGCACGCAACUCUGGAUAGUGAGUUCAGAACUACGCUAGGCACAUAAUUCUUACUUGUUGAGGUGUUUCAUAACAAUAAGUCUAGUUACGUUUGAGUCAGGUGUAGAUACCUUAGAUACCAAAUAAAUACAAGGUUUAUAGGAACAUCUACCUUCACUAUGUUCCAUUUUAUCCCAUCUCUGUGCAGUAAACCUUUGUUACAAUGUUGACAUUCCUUCUAAAUCUUAGUUGUUUUGAUUCUUGAGAACUAGGAAGGUUUGCUGUUAGAAUAGAUCACAUCAAGAACCCAACUAGCUUCUGCUGUUUUAAAAUCGGCACUUUGCCACUUUUUUUUUUGUGUGUGUAUUUUACCCUCUUUUUCUCCCCAAUUUCGAUCUUGUCUCAUCACUGCAACUCCCCAACGGGCUCGGGAGAGGCGAAGGUCGAGUCAUGUGUCCUCCGAAACAUGACCCGCCAAACCGCGCUUCUUAACACCCGCCCUGCUUAACCCAGAAGCCAGCUGCACCAAUGUGUCGGAGGAAACACUGUUCAACUGACAACCAAAGUCUGCCUGCAGGCGCCUGGCCUGCCACAAGGAGUCGCUAGAGCGCGAUGAGCCAAGUAAAGCCCCACCGGCCAAACCCUCCCCUAACCUAAUAAUAAUAAUAAUAUGCCAUUUAGCAGACGCUUUUAUCCAAAGCGACUUACAGUCAUGCGUGCAUACAUUUUUUUUUUUUUGUGUAUGGGUGGUCCCGGGGAUCGAACCCACUACCUUGGCGUUACAAGCGCCGUGCUCUACCAGCUGAGCUACAGAGGACCACAACCUGGGCCAAUUGUGCGUCGCCCUUUGGGAUUCCCGGUCACGGCCGGUUGUGACACAGCCUGGGAUCGAACCCGGGUCUGUUGUGACGCCUCAAGUACUGCGAUGCAGUGCCUUAGACCGCUGCGCCACUCGGGAGACCGCUUCGCCACUUUUUAACCUCAUAUUAAUUAUCUCUAGCACCAUAAGUAUCUACAUAUGAAUAUGAGCUUAUAAAGUGGUGAAGUGCCCCUUUAUUUGCUAGCUUGUCUUCACACACUUCUGAGUAUGUACUUUCUAUGCGGUCCAAACACACCGUUUAACCUUUAUUUUCUUCUCCUGUAGCUAAAUGUGUUCUAACGUGCAUUGGUGUUAGUCUCAACAGUCUAACAUCAAACCACACAUGCCUAGAGAUGCAAUGUAACGUUUUCUGCUAGAGCAGUAGUAAAGAGCCAAUCCAUAAUAAAUAAAAAAAACGGCAGCCCUGGAACUUGGUUUGCUAUAAAACAAAGAGUGAUGAGGCUGGAGAAAUGUAACCGCUCUCAAAUUCAUUAGUAUAGCCUUUGAAUUCAUUAGUAUAUAGCCCUUUAAUCAUUUUUAAAUGAUAGAAAAUGGCUGUAAAAAUCACAAAUUAUGCCUUUAAAACCACUAUUUUCUUGUAGAUUGUUCUUGUGCACUUUGCCUUACAUACAGUAUCCAGGUUGGGAGGUAAAUCACGAAGGUUAAUUUUACUCUUCCCCCUCCACUCCUUUCACCCCUCCUCUCUUCUGCUCUGCUAUGCUGUCGUUCACAGUUAUUUGUCAAGUUGUUCUCUGGCAGGAAGCCAAUGCUGUACAGCUUCCAGAGUUCGCUGCCAAGGCUGCCCGUCCCCCCGGUCAAGGACACCUGCAGAAGGGUGAGUUCAUCCUAUGAUGAUUUCAUAUCCUCUGAUAUCAUAUCCUGCGAUGUCAUAUCAGUUGCUUAGAUUACUGGCCUCUCUGAGGACACCACCACAGUGCAUUCAGAGGAGUUGCUGUUACUCUGAAGCUAAAUUGAUAGUCAGAUAUUUUGGGAAAAUUGUUAAUCACAGAUUCACAUAAAUGAAAGGAAUUUCCAUCAAGUAAUCUGUAAUCAUAGGCUGACACCUCAGAGGUCUCAAUAAGACUCUCUCUUUGCAUCUCAGUCAAUAUGUCAAUAAAGCGCCACUUACCUUUGAAAGGAUAGUUCACUCAAUAACAAUCCUUUAGUAUUUUCUUCAUUAGUCCACUGUUAAUUCAAUUCCUUUGUUUUGUUGUUUGUCAGCAGUCACGUUUUCAAGAUAGACCACUUUCAGUAUAGGGUUGAUGAUGUGUUUUGCAUAUGAUGCAAAUUUGAUUUUGGGAUUGUAUUACCAGUGGACUAAUGAACAAAAUACUAAAAAUAUAGUUUUUUGAGUGAACUAUCCCUUUAAAACAUCCACCCCAAGCCCCCAGUCACAGCUGACCAGACUCCAACGAUGGGUUAUUGGCUUUACAAGCAAAUGCAAUGAUUAUGGCCCGUUAUGGUGAUGAUACUUGACACUAGGUUUCGGUUACACAAAAAGGCGGUUGUGGAAAAAGGAGAGGAAAAGAGCCUUUGCAUCCAGCCGUCGUUCCCUUCUCUUCCUGGUUGAAUGCAUUCAGUUGUGCAACUGACUAGGUAUCCCCUUCCUUUCCCUUUCCUGAGACCGUGUUGCCCCAGGAAGUAAUUGUUUAACUGGCAACCAUACCACCCUCCUCCCUCGUCCGCAUCACCCCCCCGCACUGUGUUAUUUACAUAGAACUCUACAACCCCUCUUUGUUCAUCCCCUUACAUGUGUAUUGUAAAAUGUGGUACACAAAUAGUAUUUUUUUUAACAAUAUAUUUAUUGUCAUAUUUCAAUUUCAAAAAACAACAGAAAACAUAAUAAUAAUGACGUGGUUGAGUUUAAAUAUUGCACCCUAACCUUAUCUCCUUCCUUUCUCUGUGUGUGUCCUCCAGUACUUGGAGUCAGCUCGUCCAUUGAUGGAUGACGAGCAGUAUGUGAGGAUGGAGGGUCUGGCCAAGGAAUUUGAGAAGAACCUGGGCCCAAGACUACAGUGGUACCUCAAGCUCAAGUCCUGGUGGGCCUCCAACUAUGUGAGUCUGUCUGCACCUCCUUGUUUGAUAUAUGGGUUAUAUACAUUCUAAUGCUGUUUAAUGUAGGUUCAUGACUCACUGAAUAAUCUAUAUUAAGAAUAUAUAGAAUAUUCUUUAGCCUAGCGCAGGCUGUAAUCAUCAUGACACAGGGCUUUAUUUCUUUCUUUCCCCCUUUUUCAUAUUUCAUCUCUCUCUUUAUGUCUCUCUCUAUCUCUCUCUCUCACUCUCUCCCUCUUUCUCUCUCUGUCUGUCUUUGUCUCUCUCUCUCUUUCGUUCUCUCUCUCUCAGGUCAGUGAUUGGUGGGAAGAGUACAUCUACCUUCGGGGUCGUGGGCCCAUCAUGGUCAACAGUAACUACUACGCCAUGGUAAGACAUCUCUCACCUAGCAGUGGGUUGUGUGAGAUUCCCUUCCAAAAGUGUUGUUAAGGGUGAAUUUACCCAAGUAAAUGUGUGUAUUGACUAUAUUGAACAUGUCUGAAUGUGAGUAUGCUGUAACUCUGUACUGUAGUUGUGAGUAUAGACAGACAGAAUGUAGUAGACACGACAGAGCUGUAGGUAUUUGUAUGGAGCCUUGUCCACUGUUCUAUAUCUGUUGUGCAUAACGUUUCACAUGCUCAUCACAAGGCAGUCUCUGUCUUAUGCAAUGUAAUGGAUGAAUGGUUUGUGCCUCUCGAGUUCCCGUCUCCAGAUUGUUGCCCUAACCUAA